GAGAAAACUCGGGACAACAAUGUGAUAACCUACGAAAAUACGAAGUUUCAAUCUUGUUUACCAAUGUUUGCCAUUACCACUGUUAUGUUUAUUCACCAUUUCUCAUUCAUUCGCUCGCGCGAGAGAACUAUUGAUAACGUGAAUUAUGACAACUAUUGCAUCCGAUAAUAAUUUCCCUCUAUAACUUACUCUAGCUUUCAAGUAUCACGAAUUCACGAUGGCUACUAGAGCUGCAGCAUUUACAGCUAAAGUACGCAACUUGCAUGACCAUCAGUUGCGGCUUCUCCACAGCAUUGUUCCAGUACCCAGUGGCUGCGAUGUGGCUAACACCUUGAAGUACUUUACAACAACUUUAUUAACUGUGAUGAAAGAUGUUCCCAAGUCUCCUCUUGUGAUGUUGAAGCAUCCAGAAGAAGAUGCUGCAAGAAUGGCACUGUUUCCGAGUUUAGAUUAUAAAGGCCUUUAUAAUGCUGUUGUGCAGCUCAUAGAUGUCGCUCCCCUCGUUCAGUUUGGUUUACAAGCCAUGGGUGAAGCAACAUUACAUUGCCUUGGUUGCAUCAUGCCAUUUUUGGAGCGUGAUCAAAUAGAUUCCCUGCCUUAUGUGACUAGCUUAACAAUGGCCGUUUUUCCGCGAGCCCUCCAUCAGAAAAUUGUCAACGCUCUUUGUUUCUAUGUACUUCCUUUUACCAUAGCAAGGAUAGCGGGAGAAGAGAAGGAAGGCUAUAUAAGUCAGUCGUUAGCGGCUGUCAUUAUGAUGGUUUUCCAGUAUUCUGAGGACAUGGCUCAUCACUGUCAGCUACUAGAGUGCUUAAUGGGCAUGAAACAACUCUUAGUAAAAGAUCUUCUCUGUGUUAUGGCAUAUGGAACAUCUAAUGCAAGAGCUUCUGCAGCCAAAUUACUUUUCUACUAUUGGCCUACGUUUAACUCAAGUCUCUUUGAGCGGAAAGGCGCACCUCCGAGAGUCACGAAUGAUUGGACUCCUUUUGCCUGUCAACGAGAUCAGUGCCCUAAUGUAGGAACAGCAGAAGCAGCGAAAGUCUGUUUUGACCAUUGCAUAUCUAUCACUUACUCAAGUGACACUCCACCACCUUUGUAUUUGUGCAUCGAGUGUGCCAAUGAAAUCCACCGAGAGCAUCCCAAUCAAAUGUUCUAUGAUAUUCUCCAUCCAAUGCAGCAGGUGUCUGUCUCGUGUGAAAACAAGAGCUGCCGCUCAGCUGACAAAAGUGUUGUUUCGCUCUGCUUCUCAACAGAAUGCGCCAGCUACAAUGCAAAUCACCCAAUUCGCUACUGCCAGCAAUGCCACAACUCACGGCAUAACAAUCGGAGAGGAGGUGACCAUAUAGUUCAUACAUGCUUGUCUUCAGCAUGGCAGAUGGACAUGCAAAUGAGGAACUACCUCAUCGAGGCUAUCAUCAGUUUAAUGAAAGAGGCAAGACCAACAACGCCAGAAAUUCCAAAAGAUAUGACUGACAUUCAAGCCAAAGCAGCAUUACUAAAUGUCUUGGGGCACUCAAAUCAGAUCUCUGUUGAAGAGAGGCAGCUGAUGGGCCGGUUCGGUGUCCUGCUUCUGGUUGGCCUUUGUGUUCCAGACAAGGAAACACCGGUAGAAGUGCUAGGGCGCUUACUUUCAAUGCUUUUCCAUUGGUUCCACGUCACGGCAUAUUCUUUUGAUGAUCAAGCUGAGUGCACCUUGGAACGCCUGAAAACAGACUAUGUUUGCAGUUGGUUGAACACAGUUUGUGAAACACAUUUCAAAGUCUUCAUAUCAUGCUUGCUACCUCAUCCAGCUGAUUAUGCUCGUGUUGGAGGCCACUGGGAUAUGCACACAACACGGACAGCUCAUCUGAAGAAUGGCCUAAACCGACUGUUCUGUCUUGUGCCUUAUGAAGUUAUCUCAUCUGAAAUUUGGGAUGAAGUAAUGCCAUUCUGGAUGGAAGCUAUUGUGAAAGAUGUUCCAGACAAAGACCUUUGUGAAUUGAAAAUGCUUCUCAGUAAAAUUUUGGAUCCUGACAUGAGUCCACUGGGGUUUGAUGCCAAAAAGAUGUAUCAUUUUGUAGCUGUUAGAUUCAAGAAAACAUCACCCAAAGUUCAAGAACAAGCCUUAGCCUGGCUUCAGGUUUUAACAGCUCUAGAAAUCGUUAUUCCUCUUCAUCUAUUAUUUUCAUUCUUUGAGGAUGGCAUAAGCAGUUUGAAGGAACAUUCAAAUUCUAAUGGAGAGCAACUGAAGAAAAGUAAAUUAGCACCAGUUUAUGGAGAAGGCACUGAUCAUGUCACACCAGAAAAAGAAACUUUGCCGGGCAUUAAUAGCCCCAAAACUGACCCUGAACUAACUCUCUCCUGCUCUGUUUUUAUGCUUGAUAUCAUUCUCAGACAGAUGGAGUUACAUGAAGUGGAGAGACAUACAGGAAUCCAUACCGUCGUUGCACAGGAUGUUUGCAGACUCCUGCAAGAUAUGCUCUCGGCCUCCUGGUUGACGUUUCACAAGUGCACUACAACCCCCGAUUUUAGCGAAUGUUCCCUCUGUGAGAUACUCAUUACAUGGCACCAGCUAUGCCUUGAACUGGUUGAAUAUAUAGCCCAAGAGAACUUGGCACACCCUCCUGAUCCUCCACUGGAAGAAGCAAAAGAAGAAGAAAGUAGUAUACAGCGUAAAAGUCCACCUGAUACUGACAAGAAGUGUGACUCAAAAUCUGAAGUUGCUGGAAUGAUGCAGUUCAUGGAUAUUCCGGCAGUUGGAGGUGUACUUGUUAACAUGCCUCAUAUAAUGACAGCAACAGUUGAAACAGUGGUUGAACAGCUGGACUUAGCUCCAAUUAUAUUGCCGGAAAGAGUCAUCCCUCCAAUUGCAAGAGCAGUGACUUUGACGCACUCUGACUCUGCCACAAACACAGCUAGAGUGCGAAAACCAACUCUUGUCAGUGAGACGGAAGAACAGCUGGAAACAGAGGAUAUGGAAAACUUUUGGCACACAUCAGUCGGGAAGUUUCGCUUUGUUCUGACAGAAUUACCGCAGCAAUUUCAGUUCAUUCAUCAGCUGCUAAAGGAAUUGCCAACGGUUGAAUCGCCAGAUGUUCUGUACUACAUGCUCCAGUGCCUGUACCGGUUUGUUCUUCAUGGUGAUGCCCUCAACAAGGCAUUGAAAGACCACCGUGGAUUUAUCGUCUGGUGUCAAGAAAAUCUUCUAAUCCGCAAUUUGUGGGAACUGUGCAAUGCUGAGAAUUCUCAUAUUUGUGAAGUCUGCGUUCCAAUCUUGCUACACUGUAUAUCAUUGCCUGUAGGAUCCGAUGUGUUUUGGAAAGUUAUCCAAGAUGAUUUUCACUCAUCUGACUGGAAAGUUCGAUUCGCUGCUGUGGAAAGGGUCACAGUCAUCGCUCGUUUUAUGGAUUCAACACCGUUGCGCAAUAAUCUUCAGCUUCAAGCUGCCUUAGCCAAUGCUUUUUGUUACCUCAUCUGUAGUCUGGAUGAUAUCAACGUCUACACUGCUCAACGUGCCACCUUAUUCAUGGGUACUAUCCAUGAUUCUGCAAUCAAGUCACUAAUAUUAUGCUUUGAAACUCAAUUUGACACUCUGAUAGUGGACCGUCCAAUGGUUUUGCAAUCUCUGUACCAACUUCACAAUUGUCUAAGCGAUCGGCAUAUUCUGAGCUGGGAAUUUUUCUUAAAUCGCUUUGACGCACUUUUUAUUGAAGCACAAAUCAAUCUAGAAAAAACUGGUGAAAUUUCCUACUUAAGAGAUCUGCGAAAUUCUGACCUGACAAGCGAGGUUUUGAUCAAGAAACUGCACCGUGCCCAAGAAGCACUUUUGAUUCAAUCAGAUACAAGUUCAGCAAAAACACUGAGUGCCAGUUUCGGACCCAAAUGGCCGUACAAAAGGACCAUGUCAGCACCUGCCUCCAUGCUGUCUCGUCAAGAUUACAAACUAGCAGACAAGGAGAAACAGUACAGUCGGCAAUAUUCCGCACCUAUUCUGAAACGGAAAAGUUCACGAUUUGGAAUGGGUCAGUGCGUAGCUUCAGUUCCUAAUAAUCCCCCUAAUUUGAGUAGCCAACUUCAACCAGAUGGGCAUCUCUACUCUUUGAAUCUUAAUGAAGAAACAGAUUCGACAAUAACACUGCACCGAAUCAUCGAGCUAGAAGAGGCAGACAAAGAGACCAUACAUCUUUUGAUUUUUCUCCUGAUGCAGUUCUUGUCUCGAUCAGACCAGGCAUUUCCUAGCGAAGAAAAAGGCCCAUCCAGAACUCAGCUCAUUUUGUUACGUCAUCUUUAUUUGCUGCUUGGCUACAAUCAGAGUGAUAGAAUUUUCCACAUGUCUGCUGAAAGAAUGAGAUGCUCCGCCUCAAUGAAUGCGUUUCUGUCCUGUCUUCCACAAGUGCUUGACCAAAAUCACUUAAUGGGGAAGAUGCUCCUACCAACAAGUCUCCUGCUUCUGCAGCAUUUCAUCUCUCCAGCUCACACGCUCUGGCUAUUGGAACCCUAUGCCAGGCGAUCGUGGCUAAUGACAAUGAUAGUUCUUUUCUACAAGUAUGAUUACUCUUCAGAACCCUUGUUCAGCGAGGUUAUGUCAAUCAUAAAAAUCGUUAUGAAUACAAUCGAAUCCCAGCAUCAUGUUUGCCGCCACAUUCCGCCUACUGUCAUCAUGCCGGGACCCCCCUCCAGAUCUAGAGAUACAAGUCAACCAUUGUUGGGAAUCGAUAAUGAUGGAGGACUGAGUGGAGGUACUCCUCCAUUUUCACCUGGGUAUUCAGCGUCCGAUUGCGGGUUACGACCACAAGUUGGAAGCGUGCAUGAAAAAGGAGCAGGAAGUAUGGAAACUCACUGGGAAGAAGAUUUUUCGCAUGAUCAAGAGAAAGACAAACGACCACCGCAUAUUCAUGAUUCAAACUACUCAUCAACGGAAGCUGAAGAAACGGAAUCAGAGCUGGCCGUAAUUCCUGCAAGCAUAAAAUCGGACAGCACAGCUCAGGGUAGCUCUCAAGGCUCAUUUGAGGAAGUUCCUGAUGAGGAAGCCAAGAAAAAAGUAGAAAUUAGUGGUAAGACACGGCCAACAUGGUUCCUUGGAAGUGAAGAUCAUUCUGUUCAAUCCCAGCCAAGUAGUGCCAAUGGAAAACGAGGGAUCCGGGAGGGAAUGAAAAUGUUAGUCGCUUCCUCACUGUUUGGAGUCGGUCGAACUUCUGAAUCCUCACAAGCACCACCUCAACCCCCUCCUAGUGCCCCUAUAAUGCCGAGAAACACUUCAGCUUCCCCUUCCACCCCUAAGUUCAUUGACAAAGAGCCAGUGAUGGACUGGACAGAUAGCUUUGUCACCAGGCAGAUGGCUUUGAAGCCUGCUCACCAUCCAAAAUGCAACAUUGAUCAUACUGUCAUGAUCACAACUCCCCCGUGGCAGUUGGAGUCCCUGCAUGGAAAAAAUAAGUUUCCCCCAUCGAGUGAGCUCAAACCCCCACAGAUCGUCAGCAGGAAUAAUAGCAUUGCCUCUAAGACAGUACCACCGCGAUCUCCGAUUCCAAAAGAAGAGGUUUACGAGUCUCCAGAAUCACCACUGUCUAAGAUGGAUGUUCACAUGGUCGGGUGGCCGUCGGACAAAGAUCAGGAAACAGGCUCAAAGCAAAGUGUCUCUCCUUUAGAAUUACCCGCUCCAGAGCGACUUUUGCCCAUCGGUGCUGCGCCAGUGAAUAGAGAGGGCAUGGUAUCUCUUGUGCGCCAUGUCAGCAAUGUUCUAGGGAUAUCUAACUCAAACGACUCUAAAACAUCAGAUGCUAGCCUGUCUGGCACUAUCAGUGAAUCGCUAUCUACCUCUCCUCUUCCUAAACAAGAUAGUUUAGACAAGCCGAUCAGUCAGAGCAGCACCAGUGUAAGUCCUCGCCGGCUAAUCAAACAAGUAGCUUUGGAGUCACCGCCACCCCAACUUCAAGACUCUGUAUUUUCUUCUGUGUUUAGGUCAGAGGAUUCCAAAAAUUAUCGCCAACCAUUACGAAAAUCAACAAGUCCGCAUUCGUUGUCUGCUGAGCAUUCCAAACGUCCUGAAGCAUGGAAUCAAAGAAAUCACACCCCCCUUGAUCCUGCUGUACAAUUUGCUUGCCAUGCUGCUACAGAUUUAAAAUUAAGUGCCUCCCGCACUGGUGAUGAAUGUGUCAUCAACAGAUGCGGAGAAUGUGGAACAGCCUUAGAAGAGUAUUCAGAAGAAGAAUUGGGUUUGUGUAUUGUAAUUUUAGGAACAUUCAUCCACCGGGAACCUGCGCUGGCGGCUCCUCUCCUGCCACAUAUUCUCAUCACUGUUGGAAAAAUGGCCACUUGGCAUGGUGAGAGCACUCCGAAAGGAGCAACCAGUGUUGCCCGCCAAUUUCUGCGUUGUGUUCUGCAUCAAUUGGCCCCCAAUGGAAUUUUUGUACAAAUGUUUCAUACUCAUGUUUCAGCAUCAACCAGACAUCAUUUCUUCCGCAGCGUAGCACAAGCCCUCCAUGAUUUCAAUGAACUAAAUCCCGUAGCCCCUCUUCAACUACUAUUUGAGAGUCUGAAUUCUCGUAAGUCACUCGUGAGCACAAAUCUGAAGGAGGUCCUCGCCAAUGUAGCCUGCUAUCUUGACUGUCUCCCACUGGAGAUUGGUCUCGGUUGUGCAGCGUGGAGUGGAUUCCUCACACAAUUAGAUCUCCUCCUCCGUAAGUUACCCACAACUCCGGAGGCCUCCUCGCUCCUACGCAUAAUGAACUCUGUCCUCAAAGUACCAGGCAUACCAGCUUCAAAAAGCUUGUUGGAACCAUUUACUAAGAUAUUGAGCUACAGCAUACAAAAUUCAUUUCUUAAGUACAACACUUUAGUCGACAUCUGCUUUUAUUGCUAUCGAGGUUACUCCAGGGAAAGAGAAAAACUGAUGUUGACAAGAACUGUGAUUUUUGAGCUGGUCCAGGCAUUAAAAUUCAAAAUCACCAUACCAGACUCCAAUUUUCUAGUUCUCAUCAGUUUCAUUUUGCAAGAUGUAGGUGGUGUCCUUCCACAAGCACAUUCAAUCGAACAAGGUAAAGUGCAGUUUCAUGAACAGAAUCCCAUCUUGAACACUGGCGCGGCCGAAUGUAUGCGCCAACAUCUGGCUGAUGCUUUAGAGUUCCUUGCUGAUUUUCAUACCCUCUCAAAAAUCAAGAGCUAUGGAAAAGAUUUAAGCGCAGGUUUGAAUGAAGACACCUUGGGUGGAACUUUGAAAGCAGGCAUUGCACAGUAUGUCGCAUUAGAAAUGACCCGAGGCACUAGUCGAGAUAGCCGCGCUGUUGCUCGAUAUUUACCUUGGUUAUAUACUGCACCUCCAACUGUUGUCCAGUCUGGACCUCGAGAUUUGAACGAAUGUAUAAAUGGAGUCAGACUUGCUUCUUGGCUGCUAUUAGGGAGUCUCACGCACUGCGCCCUCCAAAUGUCACCUUGCCUACCAAUCCCUCAAGAAGCAUCAUGCCACGUUGCUGAUUAUAUUCAGCAAAUUCUUUUGGGGUUCAUCGAUCAGUCAAAAACUUCUGUCAUCCACAUGUCUUCCUUAUUCCACGCUUUCGUUCUCUGCCAGCUGUGGACUGUUUACAUGGAGCAGUAUGCUGAAAUGAAUCCCCCAAGGAGUGAAGCUCACUCUGUAUCAAUGAGUAUCCUGUUCGAUUUUUGGUCCAAAAUCACAUCAACUGUUCUUCAGCUCGUCUCCUUUUCUAAAAUGAUGGCAGAGAUGAUAAAUUUACACUUUUUGAGUCUUUUAGAGGCCCUUUUGGAAGUGCACUCAUCGGUGCUCAGCAAACUUCUGCCAAUUUGGACUCCUAUUUUAUUUGCGCACCACAUCCAGUUACCUGGUCACCUUCAACUCCGUUUACAAAAUUGUUGCAAUUUUCCACCCACAUCGCCCUCCGUUGCACCCAGUUCUCCUGAUACCAGUGAAAUUAACCCGGUAUCACAUAAUUUAAUUCUUGUGCGUUGGUUAAAUCGACUUCAGUUCAAGAUGGGUCAAAUUGAGCUCCAGUCAUCCACAGCAACUCAGUUUUACUCUGUCUGACCCUUCAAAUUCUUAUGUAAAGUGCAUUUAGCAAAGCGUUCACUAAUUUUGUUUUCAAAUAGUGCUCUGUUUUAAGUGAUUCAUGUUUUUUAAGGACCCUUUGUAGCAAAUUUUUAGUUACUUAUUUCCUCUCACUUGGGGCAUGGUACCUAUUACAAGCGCUUCCAUUGAGAGCCAUUCACUACAAAACUAAUAUGAGAUGUGGAAAGUGGAUAAUGGCCUUUUCGUUAAAUAAAAGUUGAAAUUUGCAAUUCAUCUUCAAAACUAGCUUUUAUCCAUUUUUAUACUUUGAGUUGAGAAACAUCGAAUGAUUAUUAAAUUCAAUACGAAAGAUAACCUGUAAGAUUUCAUGGCGUUUUUGAUGACCACAAUUUUUGUUUUUUUCUGCAGUUUUCACACUAAUCAAGGAAUGCUUCUUGAAUCAAAAAGUUUUCUGUAUCGACACAAACUGUUUUCAGAGGAGAAUAAUUUUGAUUUCCAAUGCAUCUUUCUGCCCUCUACUUUAUCAACCCAUAGAUUUUGGUUUUUUGCCUGCUGCAGAAUGAAAUCUCAGUGUUUGAUUGUUGAUUCCUAAAAUAUUCAUGGUUGCGAAUGUUUUUAGGUAAUAUCUGUCACAGUGAACCUAGCGAGCAUUAUCUUAUAUUGUGUUUGUCCUGUAUUAUAAUGAUUUAUGGAGCUUACCUCGAUAGUGAAGUGUAUGCAGUGCCAAAUAAGUAAAGGUUUUUUCCAUCAUAGUCUAUUACAUGGAAUUACAACCUAGUGUUCCAAACGUUUUUCCAUGCUCCCAACACAAAUUGAAUAGAAUGGUCACUUUCUCUGUAGCAUUAACACAUCUCAAGAAAAAUGUAAAAAGUGCGCCUUAUAUUAAAAGCUGACCCUUGAAAGGAAGUGACCAUCAUUUAAGUUAAUUUAAUAUGAAUAAACCAUCAUCUUUAAAAAAUCAAAGAUUUAAAUGAAGUGUAAUAAUUGUAAUUAUCAUUUCAGUCUUUUGAAAAUGUUUUUGUUAAAAUUUUUAAUGUUACCGUUUUUCAUUUUGUUUUUUCUUUGUGUCUCUCAUAGUACAAGUUACUUACCAAACAGUUUUAUUCAUAACAUUUUAUAGAUUUUAUUAUCUUGUCAGUCAACCAGACUCUGUAGAAAAAUGUAAGUUUUUCCAAAUAGAAUUCACUAAGUAAAAGUA